AUGCACGUUCGUUAUGGUAGAAGAAAAGGACGCAUUGCUAUAAUCAUAAUUGUUGGGAUUACCAUCUUAACAGUUUACAUAAGCUACAAGAGUGGAGCCAAUCUUAAAAGAUAUGGCAACGAAAACGACGGAAAUACCGGCACUGGAGACAUAUUCACAAGAGGAGAGAUGAUUGCCACGGUAGGUGUGGAAGCAUGCAAAGCCAGCCCUCACAACAAUGAAGCAGCUGAGUUUGACAUGUUAACCGUCUACCGUGAACAAGUGGCUCAGCAGGGGAUCAUGUUUAACAGAACCAAUCAAGGCAGGCGGCAUCCAUCCACACAUAAAUUAAAAGUAUUUGUGCUACCCUUCACACACGCUGAUCCAGGAUGGCUACAAACCUUUAAUUCCUACUUAAAAGAAACGGAUGCUAUCCUAGACAACAUGCAUAACUUCAUGACCUCUCAUGCAAACAUGACAUUUAUGUGGGCAGAGCUAGCUUUCUUCGAAAGGUGGUGGGGGAAGCAGAGCCUCGAAGUACGCGAAAAUGUUCGCAGAUUAGUGCAGUCUGGCCGAUUAGAGAUUGCGUCUGGCUCGUGGGUGAUGACCGAUGAGGCCAAUGUCUAUUAUCCCAUUACGGUUGAUACUAUCAUCGAAGGACACCAGUUUCUUAAAGAGGAACUUGGCGGUGUCAAACCUUCGGUCGUCUGGUCAAACGAUCCCUUCGGGUACAGUAAUUCUAUACAGUACGUUUUCGCUCAAGCAGGCUUGAAGCGUGCCGUGAUCAAUAGGAUACACCGUGGCAUCAAACGGUAUUUGCAAAGUGAGAGAGCCAUACCAUUUAGAUGGCGUCAGUACUUUGAUGUAGAAGGCGAGUCUGAUAUGCUCACACAUGUUCUACCAUAUGCACACUACGAUAUUCUCAACUCUUGCGGUCCAAGUUCUUCGAUAUGCUGUGAAUUUGAUUUUAAAAGAAUGACGCAUUGGUCGUGUCCGGAAUCGAAACCAAAACCUAUUGAUGCGUCCAAUGUAGCAACACAGGCUGAAAAGUUAGUUUCACAACUACAAAAAAUGGCGCUGAUGUAUGAGACGAACGUUCUGCUGAUGGUACACGGAGACGAUUUUCGGUAUAAUAUGAUACAGGAGUGGCACCAACAGCACGAUAACCUUUUACCACUUUUUGAAGAAAUCAACAAAGGCAACCUUGCUGAGAUUCGUUUCGGCACGUUUUCGGACUAUUUCAAAGAGCUGGAGAAGUGGUACAAAGAAAAUGGAAAACAGCCUGUGACGCUAUCAGGCGACUUCUUCCCAUACAAAUGCUUUCUGGGCGACGUUUGGACUGGAUACUUUACCACACGACCUUUCGUCAAAAGACAGGAACGAUCACUACAUAACAUUGUACGUGCUGCUGACUUAAUCUCUGCCCAAGCAUGGCACAGCAUGGACGAGCAGUCGAGAGCGGAGGUUAUCAGCGAACUGCAGGAAGCGCGCAGAAUUCUCAGUCUGAUACAACAUCACGAUGCGAUCACAGGAACGAGCAGGAAGCAUGUAAUGCAAGACUAUUUGUUUCUGCUCCAUAACGCUAGUAGUCUAGCUCGAAGGGCAUUUGAGGUUUCCUCCAGCGCUCUCUCCCGCAGUGAAGUACAUACGUUGGAAUACUCGGACAACAACAACGAAACGGAAUCUUUGGAGGUUCUCGAAGUUGCAAAACUUGGCCGCAUCGUAGUGAACGCAUACAACUCACUGCCAUACGAUAUUGAAGACGUUGUUUCUCUCCGUGUUGACACGGCAAACGUAGCGGUCAGCAUUAACGGCGGUGAAGUAAAAGCACAAAUUGAGCCCUAUAUUCAUCAAGGAACGAUACCACAACAUUCUUUCCUUCUGGCUUUCCGGUGUCACUUCCAAGCCCUUUCCACAAACUCCUUCAUUCUAUCCAAAACCGACUCACCAAGGUUGACAAACAUAGCGAGCGUGUUGGUGCACAAGGAUGCCAAAGGAUUGCUCCUAUUUCCGAGCAUAUUCAAACCAAAAAACAUCACUUCGCAGGAUUUCUUUCUAGAGAACGAGGAGCUCAUAACGUCGCACGACAACGAAACGGGACAACUAAGUCAUAUCACAACUGCGGCAGUUGGGCGCACUGCUGUAUCGACACAAUUUUAUAAGUACGAGAACGCUAAUGGAGGGGCGUAUCUGAUGAAAGUUAACGGUCCGCCUACGCCACUAAAAAGCAAUUCUAGUUUACGUUUUAUCAGCAAAGGUUCUAUCCAAGAAUCCGCUCAUUUGUUCUUCACCAAAAUUUACCAAAAAAUCACCGUGAAGAACGUUAGGGGUUCUCUUAGCAAGCAGGUUCAUUUCUCUCUACGGGUAGAUAUAACAGAAGCCAUGAACACAGAACUGUUGCUGAGAAUAGAAACAAACUUGCGCGAUGAAAGAUUUUACACAGACAGUGCUGGUAUGCAGCUUUUGCGGCGACAGCGUCAUGAAGCACUUAGCGACGCUGAAAAUUUUUACCCCAUGCCAAGUGCAGCUAUAUUGGAAUGCAAUCUGAAGCGGAUAACUGUAGUUAGCAACCUGCCUCAUGGAGUUUCACCCGUACCAGCCGUACAUGGAAUGGACAUUGUUUUGGAUCGCAUGUUAAAUCAAGAUGACGGCAAAGGACUCGGGAGCGACCCUGACGGGCUGCCGACCGAUAUUCUCCCUGUUGAAAUGCGAUUCUCCAUUCUUCUGGAGGGGAUCAUUAAAGCAGCGACGGAUACGUAUAGUACUUAUCACACUCCUGCUGGACAUCUAGCCGUUCAGAAUGUUCUCUACCCUCCCGUUUUGACAGCAAGUUCUGAGAAGAUCCCUCCACUUCAAGCACAAGCUGCUCUUCCUUGCAAUCUUCAACUGCUUACGAACCGUGUAGUGUCGAAGGGACAAAUGUUACUGACUAUUUUCAACGGCGGAAUCAUUUGUCGCACGAAUACCACCACCACAUGCACUGGUCAGCUACGGGGGCUCACUUCCUAUCUCCGUGCAUUGGGUGUUGUCAAAGUGCAGGAGACAGAUCUAGUUGGAACUCCAAAAGCAGAAGAGAUGUCACUGAAGAAUUAUGUACCUCAUAUCCCUCCGUACAAAUUCCUCUCUCUGCUUUUAAGUUUCUCCUAA